CAUAAGACACACCGGGCAGAAGUGCAGGCAGAAGGCAGAGAGGGAGGAGUAAUGACUUAAACACACCUUUCUUUAGGUUGUCGGUGCCACUCUCUGCUCUCCACAGAACAUCUGGAAGAAGGAACAACAGCCUAAACCUCUGCAGUGGGGGGGUGACUGGUGUGCAGGAAGAUAAACUUCUGACUUCUAGAGUUUCGUGAUGGAGGGAGGACUGUUUUGUGUGUGUGUGAGUGUGUGAGUGUACAGACUUGAGCAGUAGGGAGUGUGUGUGUGUUUUAAGAGAGAUUUCCUCUAAGUCGUUCCACCUCUCAAUCUGACAGCAGCAGCAGCAGCAGCAGCACUACCUCUUCCCCCCUCCUCCUCCUCCUCGACUGGAGAAAAUCCACCAGGUGAUGGCAGCCAUGUUGACUGCCAGCUCCAGCCUGCUGUUCCUCCUCGCCUUGGUGUGCUGCGUCUCCUCUUCGCCCAGAUCGCCGUCUCGGCUCUGCAGGCGAUGCUGCGACCAGCUGGAUCCGCCGGCCACCACCGCUCAGUACCAAAUGCCUGAAGUCAGAACUGUCAUCAACAUGACCAUUCUCAAAGGUGACAAAGGCGACCGAGGAGACAAAGGCACGCCCGGGAAGCCGGGUCUGGAAGGGCCCGCCGGGCAGCGUGGACCCCUGGGCCCAAAGGGCAGCAAAGGCCAGGUGGGCGCCCCUGGCGAUGCCUGCAAGAUCCCGCACUCUUCGUUCUCCGUCGGCCGCCGCAAGUCCCUGCACAGCGUGGAGUACUACCAGGCGCUGGUCUUCGACACGGUGUUCGUCAACCUCCACGAGCAUUUCAACAUGUUCAAGGGAAAGUUCUACUGCUACGUGCCGGGGAUCUACUUCUUCAACGUCAACAUCCACACCUGGAACUUCAAGGAGACCUACCUGCACCUCAUGCAUAACGACAAGGAGAAGGUGAUCCUGUACGCGCAGCCCAGCGAGAGGUCCAUCAUGCAGAGCCAGAGCGUCAUGCUGGACCUGGCCCUGAACGACGAGGUGUGGGUCCGCCUCUACAAGAGGGAGCGCGAGAACGCCAUCUACAGCGACGAUGUGGAUGUUUACAUCACGUUCAAUGGAUACCUGGUGGCGCCGGGCAUCCAGUGAGACUGGAAGUGAAAUCAGGAUUGGCAGAGCGUCUGUGUUCGGUUAUUCACUUUAUUCAAUCCUCUCAAUCCUCUCAAUGUUCUCUACCACAAACCUCACAAACCAUUGUGGUAGAGAACAUUGUACAAGUGGUGCUAUCAAAUAUUCCUGCCACCAGUGAGUGGAAAUGUGCUGCUUUCAUAAAUAGAGGCUGAAGGAAAAAAAAUCAAAAAAACCAAAAUAAAGAGGAACAAUAAAAACGUAGUAUUUGAGAAAGGAAACCGAGAAAUCUUUUUUUGUUGUUGUUCUUGAAUUGCAUUUUUGUACAAAUUAGGUCAUGCUUCCUGUUCUUUGCGGUGCUAAUAAUUCCCUCAGAAAUCCUUUUCACUGGCUUUAUGGAAAUAAAAUGUGUUUAAAUGCAAUCAGACCAACUCUAAAAUAUCUAUAGGGCCAUCUCUUGUGGACCAACUUUAGUUAUUAGCUAUUAGCUUUAGUUAUGAGCUAUUCAUUUAAUUAUUAGCCAUUAGUGCUAGUUGUUAGCUACUAGCAAUAGUUAUUAGCCUUUAACUUUAUUAGUUAGCUAUUGGCUAUAUUCAUUAGCUAUUAACUUAAUUAUUAGAUAUUAUAUUAAUUAGCUAUUAGUUUUAGUAGCUAGCCAUUAGAUAGAGUUAUAGCUAUUAACUUUUUGGCCAUAAAAAGAAGACUCCUCAAAUGUUCAAAAGAUGUAUACUCCUUUGAUAAAUCGUUCAGUGUAAAGCAGAAAUGAUAAUAAAUAUCUAAGAGAUCUGAAGCUAAAAUUAUAAAAAAAAAAAAAAACCUUUAAAGUAACUUGAUCCUGACUUAGCGGUACAAACAAGUACAGACUUUAUGCCAGUGUGAACACUGCUGGAGUAUUUCUUUCCAAUUCCUAUGUAGGCAGUCCUCCAUUUUGUAAGUUUGACUGUCAGCAGUCUUUGCUUUUUGCUCAUAAUUAAAGUUUUGUUUGACCCAGAUCUUAAAAAGGUUCUUCCCUAACCCUAACCCUAACCCUCCUCAUAACCCUAACCCUGUCUGACAGGCCAGGAGUAUUUUUCUGUUUGCUUGUUUUCUCAGAGUGCUGUGUUAAUUAUAAAGAACAUGAAAAGAGGUGUGGCUGAAUAUAAUUCUGUAAAAAAAAAAAAAAAAAAAAGCAGAUAUUUUUAGCAAUCACAGUAUCAAAAUAUUGUGAACCUUAUUCGUUCCAUUGCUAAGUUAAUUGCUGCUGUGACAAAAACCCGGCCCAUCAACUGAACAAGAAAACAUUCAAAAUUAGGUCAAGUUUCAUCACAAACCAAUAUCUCUUUCAACAUUUAGUGUACAUUUAUUACAUAAAAUCCACAAAAAUCAUCACUCACUGUUGCUUUUCUUUCACAUGUAAACCUGUAUUAUUAUUUUUUUAUUAUUAUGUUAGUGAAGUGAACAUUAGAAAAAUGAACAACAAAUCUGCUGUGUGUUCUAAUCCAAGCAUCCAUCAGGGAUUUACUAAAGAAACGCCUUGUAUUCUUGCUGGACAGACUACAAACUGCGGAGCAGUUUAAUGUACAUAUUUGUAUAUUUUCUGUCUAUAAUGGCAGACAGAUUUGUAAUCACUCAUGCUGUUGAGGCUGUAAACUAUUUGUAAACACUUGUCCUCUUCAUAAGGUCAUCUUGUAUUGUGUCACUGCACACAGGCAAAUAAAUAAAUAUUGCAUAAUUUCA